UUGGGGCUCAGGUAAGAGGGCCCAGCCAGGGUGCAGAGCUGACACACCCUGGGGGACUCGGAAGAAGCAGGACCGAGAGGCCAUGGAGACAAAGAGGAGAUGCAGCCCGGGGUUCCUCACAGCAACCGUCCUGCUCUUGUCCUUGCUUGGGCCAGGUGCCUUAGCUCUUAAAUGCUACAGCUGCAUUCAGAAGGCCGAUGAAGGAUGCUCCCCAGAGAAGAUGAAGGUGGUGACGUGCCCUGCAGACCUAGGAGUCUGCACGGAGACUGUGGGAGCUGUGGAGACCAUUCAUGGGCAGUUCUCACUGGCCAUCCGAGGCUGCGGAUCAGGCCUAGCAGGGAAGAAUGACCGAGGACUGGACCUGCAUGGGGUCCUGGCCUUCCUCCAGCUGCAGCAGUGCGAUAAGGACCUGUGUAAUGCCCAGCUCAACCUUACCUCACACCCCUUGAACCCCAGUGGGAAUGAGAGUGCCCACGAGCCCAAUGGCGUCCAGUGCUACAGCUGUGUGGGGCUGAGCCGAGAGGCCUGCACAGGCAAGAAGCCCCCCCUGGCCCAGUGCUACAAUGCAGGUGACCGGGUACACAAGGGUUGCUUCGAUGGAAAUGUCACUCUGAGCGCAGCCAAUAUGACAGUGUCAAUGCCCGUCCGGGGUUGCGUGCAGGAUGAGGAGUGCACCAGAGACGGGGUGACAGGCCCCGGCUUCUCCCUCAGCGGCUCCUGCUGCAGCGGCUCCCGCUGCAACUCUGACCUCCGGAACAAGACCUACUUUGCCCCCGGGAUCCCACCCCUGGUGGUGCUGCCCGUGCCACGGUCCACAGCUACCUCCGGCCCCAACUCGACAGUGACAAAGACCCCGGCAUCUACUCCACGCACCUCAGCCUCCUCAAGCCCGACUCCGGCCCCCACCGAGGAGGCCACUUCUCACUCCGAGAAACCUGUGGAGACCCUCAGAGAGGAGGGAGGGGCCAGGGGCGGAGUCAUUGGUCAUAGCGAUCGAAGCAAUGUGGGGCAGAUCCCCAAUAAGGGCGGUUCCCAACAACCGACUAACGGAAGUACCAGGGCCCCGGGCCUCUCACUGGGGUUGCUCUUGGUAGCUAUUGCUGCUAGGACCCUCCUGUGAUCCCCUCCUCCCUCCUCUCUUUCUCCUCCCCUUGUGGCCCUGGGACACCCUUCCCUGAACCCAAAUUCCCUUCUGUGUCCUGGGCUGGGCUGGUCCCACCCCAAGCCAGAGUCUCUCCUUGUUCCACCCCACCAGGCUGAGCAGGUCUCAAUCAAGAAAAUAAA